AUGGAUUCUGCAAUCCGCGCACUCGUAGAGGAAGCCUACGAAAACUUGCCCUCACUGCCCACGACCCCGCGUGUUCGCCUGACGCGCUCCCGUGCUGAACCGGGCACGACUAACCGCACUGAGCGAUACGUGCCCUGGCGUGAGUCUCAGAUUCCGGUUGAUUUGCGCAUUUUCUGGCGUUAUCGCGAUGGGCCCCAUCCGACGUUCGCCACCGAUGCAGAGGGCUGGAAGUUCCGUCAACUGGUUAGGCUCCAGCACGGAGCCUUCGUGAAUGCCUCGAGCUGGGCUAGGAAGGAACGACAACUAACGGGGGUGGGACGAUUCCACGAAUUGCGGUGCGUCAGGCGCGACGCUGCCCCGUUCUACAAACGAUACAGGGCGUACACGCAUGCUCUGGAAGUGCUCGUUACGCACGCUAUUGAGCCCGAUCCCACUAGCGAUGAGGAAGACGAAGACCAGAGCGAAGAGGAGAGCGGACAGGAGAGCGGACAGGGCAAUGCACAGGAGAGCGAAGAGCAGGGCGAAGACGAGGAGGACGAGGAGGACCCCUGA